UUUUCUUACUCUUCUAAUGCCAAUCUAUACAUAAUAUUGUUAAGCCAUGCACAAAGCUUAUUAUGAUUUAUGAAGGCUUAAGCUGGCAUAUAGCCAUGGCCUCUCCGUUCUUUGACGAGCUCAGGAAGCAGGCCUCCUCCUUCCUCAAGGAAAAGAUCCGGUCAGCUCGGUUGGCUCUCACAGAUGUCACCCCAGCUCAAUUGCUCACUGAAGAGGCAACAAACGGGGGCCCUUGGGCUUCCGAUGCGAUGACCAUGAACCGGAUUUCAAGGGCGGCAUUUGAGGUCGAUGACUACUGGAGAAUCGUGGAUGUGUUGCACAGAAGAUUGACCAAGUUUGAGAGAAGGAAAUGGAGAGAGGCUUACAAGGCUGUGAUCGUUCUAGAGCAUCUGUUGACCCAUGGUCCUGAGAGUGCUUCAGAAGAGUUCCAGCAGGAUAGAGACACCAUGGAGGAGAUGAGCAAAUUUCAAUAUGUAGAUGAGAAAGGGUUCAACUGGGGCCUCUCUGUAAAGAACAAAACAGAGAGGGUCCUCAAGCUCCUGGAGAAAGGUCCUCUCCUCAAACAAGAACGCGCCCGUGCUCGCCAAAUAUCGCGCGGAAUCCAGGGUUUCGGCAGCUUCAAUCUGAGCUCCUUCUCUAUCCAAGCCAACCAAGAAACCUCCUCCACAUUUGACAGAAUUAAUUCCACCUACGAAGGCAAUGCACAGAGGAAGGAGGAGAUGAAUCCAGAGUCGGAUAUCGAAAAUAAACGCCUUAUAACUGAUGUAGAACUCAAGAACGGAGAUGAAACAGAGGAGGGUAACGAGGCGUUGAUGUUUGAGAAAGAAGUUCAUCCUUUUAGUCGCUUGGAACAGGAAAGUGUGAGUUUGCUUCUGAUGACUCAGUAGCCAACGAUGAUAUAUGCAUCAUCAUAAUUUAGAAGAAGCGAACCCUAUACCAAACCUUGGAUGCAGCUCUCUUCGAUUUUAGCACGACCGAGGUCAUUGUAAAAUGUAGAACUAGAAAGAUUAAAUCUCUGGUUUAGCAAAACUGUAGUAUGUAUGUUGUUUGUGUGUGGUGGUUGAUACAUGCACCUCUAAUUUUGAAUAUUUGUAUAAUGUAAGUUUUGGAUAAAUUACAUUUUGCAUGGUA